CAAAGGCCAACUAUUGUCCCUACUUCGGGGGGAGUGCAAUAGUGGGUCGGCACUCACCGCACACAGCGGGAGAUGUUUUUGGAGCUGUGUGCCUCCCCACAUUUUUUUUUUAAGAAAUGAGGGGAGCGACUAAUACUUGUAAUGGGUAUUGUAAAUAUAGCUUGUAAGCCUUUUACAAGUAUAAUAAAGAUAAUUUUAAUUUCCUUUAAUUUUAAUUAAUUAUUAAGAGAUACUAAACUCGGAUUCGAGAAUGGAAGUGAAUAGUCAUUACUCCAGAUAUAACCUAAAAGAAUCAGUUACUAUAAAAACACAACGUAGAACAAAAUCCUAAAUUAGACGAUCACAUAUAUAAAAUAUCACUGGCACAAAUAACAAACUCAAUCUUUGGAAAGAUAUACAAAUUUUGUGUCCUUAGUCUACUGCAAAAUUUUGUAUAAUCUGAGAGUUUGCAUAUAUUUUAAAAAGGAUAGUUACAAUUUGGUGCCGUGACCAGGAUAUUUUUGAAAAAUUAAUACAGUAAGUAGACCUAGAGUCUACAAUUUGUUGCUGGUGAAAUGGAAAGGUUAUUGGAGUAUGGUUGUUGGCUUGAAGUUUUAGAAUCUGGGGGUGGUACAAUUAUUAGAAUUGAUUUGAUUGAAGGAUAUAAAUAUCUAAAGUGAGUAAUAGUGGUCUGGAUUUCAAAGUUUAAAAAUUAUAAGUGAGAGGAGAUAUAUAAAAGUGGACAUAUUUAAAGUGAAAGUAAACAAAUUAGAAAUUUUUGAAAAAUGAGUGGAAUUAAUAAAGGCAAAAAGAAGGGAGUUAAGAAAAAUAAAGAUAUAAAAGUUUUACAAAAACUUUUAAAAGAGACAGUCAAAUCUUUUGAGCAGAGAUUCAAUAAAUUGGAAAGCAUUAUAAAGGAAGAUAAUUCCAGUAGAAAUGGCAGUGUGGAGGAAGUUGCAGCCAAAAGUAAUGAUAAUUAUGAUCCAAAGCAGCAUAUUGUUUAUAAUAUAAGCAAUAUUGCUAUUGAUAAACCUAAAUUUGGAGGUAAUGAACAAGUACAUCCAGUUACAUUUAUAGAGGAUCUAAUAAACUAUUUUAAAAGAGUUCCUUCAAAAGGAAUAGAAAUUGAUAUAGCUCGAGAAUGUCUGAGAGAUGAGGCAAAGCAUUGGGCUCGAAUAAAUAGUAUUAAAUGGUCAACCUUUGAAGAUUUUAAAAUAGAUUUCCUUAGAGUCUUUUGGGGCGAAGAGGAACAAAAUAAAGUAAGGAGAUUCAUAGUACAAAAUAAAUGGAAUAGACGAACACAUCCAACAAUGGUAGGCUAUUUCUUGUUUGUCAUAGAGAAAGUACAAAAAUUGUCAUAUCCAAUACCUGAAAAACAGAUACUUGCUGAUGUCUUGAGACAUUAUCCUAAGAAUAUACAACAGUUAUGGAGAAUAGCUAAAAUUGAUACAAUAAUAGACACAACAGAAUUCUUGAGGAAUUUAGAUGAUAUAGACAAACAAGAUGAACAUAAAGAAUAUGAUUAUUCUAAUGAGAAACGAAAGAAAUUGGAUAAUACCUUUGGAAAGAAUCAACAACAUUUCAAAAAUUGGCGUAAACCAGAUGAAAUUAAUAAAAAUGUUGGAUGUGUUAAUGAAACUCAAAUAGUACAAGAUAAAAUUGAAAAUCCAAAUUUAGUGAAUCCAGAGUUGAAGUAGUUCCCGCUUCAAUGGCUGGUGUCUUCAAAGGGAACAAAGCUUUACUUAUAUUAAUGAAAAUGGGGUGGCGUCCUGGUCAAGCACUGGGAAAAAGAAACAAAGGUUUAUUAAAACCUAUAGUUGUGAAAGGUCAAACUAAUAGAUUUGGUUUGGGUUAUAAAGACGUUGGAAAUGAUCUAGUUAAAAUGUUGAAAUUUAAAUCAGAAUUACCCAAGUCAAAAUUAUAUAUACAAACAGUGUUUGAAAAUGAUGAUGUGGUGGAUUAUCAAAAGGAAUUAAUAGGGAGUAUGAGAUCUGAAAUAGAUAUAAAAAUAUGUAAUGAACAAGUUACAGCACUUCUUGAUACGGGAAGUGAUGUUACUUGUAUUUCAGAAAGCCUAUUCUUACAGUUAAAGAAUAAUAAUAAUAAUAACUUAGCAGUUUUACCUGUUAAAGCAUUACAAAUUAGAGGUGCUGUGGGACAGCGAAGUACAAAGAUACAACAGAUGAUUAUAUUACCUAUAAAGUUUGGUGAAGUUAUUUUCGAGACACAGGCUUUAAUUAUUAAUAAUUUAAUAAGACCGUUAAUAAUAGGGUUUGAUUGGAUGAAAAUUAAUAAGAUUGCUAUAAAUUUAAAAGAUAAAAUGGCUG